AUGGCUUCUGGUGACGUGACCUACCCCAGUACGGGCAUAUCCGCUUAUCUUUGCUUUUUCUCGGUUUUUCUUGGCCCUAUCGUCGAUAACGUGAAGGCCGAAGCUUCCCGCACCGGUGAUGAGCUUCGGGACCUGUCAAACUCGCGUGUGACCCCGUCAACCACCACCGCCGAUGGUCAGCCUUUGACUCACUACCACUCUCUUCUGUACAGCCUUCUGAGUUGGGAACAACCCCGCGCGACCGCAGUUUCCUAUGCGAGCGUGAUCAGCUUCAUCUUCGCCGCUCGCUACCUGCCUCUUCUCCGCUGGGUCUUCAAGUUCCUGUACAUGUCUUUGGGAGCCACCGCCGCCGUUGAGGUCGCCGGUCAUGUUAUUCUCAAGCGCGGUAUUGCCAGUGGAUUCCGUCCCCGUCGUUAUUACACCAUUCCCAAGGAGACCGUUGAGGCUGUGCUCGAGGACCUUGAGCAGCUGGUGGACUUCUUCUUGAUCGAGUUCCAACGUAUCCUGUUCGCCGAGAACGUCCUCCACACUAUCCUGGCUUUCACUGCUGCCUUCACUGGCUACUGGCUGAUCCGCUUCGUUCCCUUCUGGGGCUUGGCCGUUGUUGCUGUGACCACCACAUACUUCGCUCCCCUCAUUUACAUUAGCAACCGCGAGAUCAUUGACGAGCAGAUUGCCAAUGCUCAGGAAAUCAUUAAUGCCCAGACCAACCAACUCUGUGAUUUGGCUGGUGAGCGCACCUCCCAGGCCACCGGCCUUAUGAAGCAGUAUGUCGGCGAGUACAGCUCCAAGGCCCAGGGAUACAUCGGUUCCCGCCGCUCUACUUCUCCCGAGGUCACCAAAGUUGUCAGCCCGAUCAAGCAUGAGGUCAUUAUCGAGUCCGCCAAGACUGAGCCCCUGGAGAGCUUCACUGCCCCCGUUGCUGAGUCCGCUCCCGUGAUCAAGACCGAGGACUUCCCCGAAGCCCCCCAAGCGGCUCCCGUCGCUCAAGCCCUCGACUCUGAUAUUGUUGCCUCCAUCGAACCUGCCGAGCAGGCCGGUGACCGCGAGCCCCUUCUGGCUAUCUAA